UUAUGUCAGGUGUGUGAUUGGGUGUUCACGCUAGUAACCAAGGAGGGCCGGACUUGUCUCAUGGGGCUGUGGGAGGAGAGACAUAAUCAGCUGCAAACACAACAAGAGAAUACUCCACACAAUUACAAACCACUGUGGCUCACUCACAACGCAACAUCAAGCUCUGAGAAAGCAACCUCCUGACGAGAACACAAGAAGGCAAUUCAAUUUAGCUUGACACUACCGCUACUGCUGCUGGUGCUGAUGGCACCAAAGGAACGGACUCUUCACUGUAGGACUUCAAAUGAAUUAUAGCAACAUAACUCGCAGGAGCAAUUUAGGUCAUUAAGACCCAAACAGGUGCUGAUGUACAAAAGUUGACCUCUUCACUAUAAGGAGUACAGAUUGACCUGCAUCAAAGGAUCCAGGAUCCUUCUGCAAAUAAUCCAACUGGAUGUCUCCACUGCAGAAGCUUUAACUGUGGUGGUACUGGCAGACUACAGAGAAACAGGGCUAUUAUGCGCCAGCUUAAAGGGACAAAACGCAGCUUCCUCGUGUGCCUCGGGAUAAGUAUUAUUAUCUUUUCCUUCAUUUAUUUGAGGACUAGGACGCCACCUGAGUUAAAGCCUCCCCCAUCUUCAAGUUGCAAACCUUUCUCAACUGCGUGUAAAACUUUUUUGCCAGGCAUGAAGAAAGGAGUAAAUUGGUACAGCUGUGACUACCAGGUGGAAAGCUACAUUCUAAACAGCCACCUGCCGUGCUCAAACUUGAAAAGAGAUUUACACUUUAUAACAAAACCUCUAAGUCGUGCAGAGGAGGCUUACCCUUUAGCUUUCAUUGUGACUAUUCAUAAAGAGCUGGAGCUUUUUGUCCGCCUCUUGAGGGCAAUUUACAUGCCACAAAAUGUGUACUGCAUUCACGUGGAUGCUAAGGCUCCACGGGAGUAUCGGGAGGCUGUACAGAAGCUAGUCAGCUGCUUUCCAAAUACAUUCCUCUCCAGUCACAGUGAAACUGUGACCUACGCUGGUUUUUCUCGUUUGCAAGCAGAUCUGAAUUGCAUGAAGGAUCUAGCGAAAUCCAAGACAGACUGGAAGAAGGUGGUGAAUCUGUGUGGACAAGACUUCCCUGUUAAGAGUAACCUGGAACUGGUACAGUACAUGCAGAGCCAACAAUGGAGGGAUAAAAACAUGACACCUGGGGUCAAACAGCCGAUGUCUAUGAUGUACAGAACGCAACGCCAGUACAAGGAGAUUGUGGGGUCACAUGUAGCUCCGAAAGGGCUAGGCCUGAGGAAAAGGCCUCCUCCACACAAUCUGCAAUUAUAUUUUGGAACAGCCUACUAUGUUCUUACAAGACCUUUCGUGGACUUUGUUCUGAAAAGCCCAAUAGCGCAUGACUUCUUGGAUUGGUCCAGGGACACAUUCAGUCCAGAUGAACACUACUGGGUGACGCUCAACCAUAUCAAAGAAGCUCCAGGCAGUCGCAUUGAUGGAGGCUGGGAAGGAGCUAUCCGGGCAAUCAAAUGGCGGGAUCAAGAAGGAAGUGCACACAGUGGUUGCAAAGGGCAUUACAUACGAGACAUCUGUAUCUACGGAGUGGAAGACCUACCAUGGAUCAUCAGCAUGGACAGCAUGUUUGCCAAUAAGUUUGAGAGUAAUACCUUUCCUGAGGCACUAGACUGUUUGGAGCAGUGGCACAGAAACAAGGUUAUCAACCAGGCUACUGUUCCCAUAGAACCGUCAUGGCUACUGGCCAUACACAGCAACUACAGCAACAGCAGCAGCUACUUUAACAGCAGUACUGGAGAAUGAAAUCACUACAAACAUGCAGUCUAUAUCUAGUUGAGCUUAUUUGCACUUGUCUUGUGUUGUUAUGUCAUAAUGUGAGCAUAGGAAAGCAAAACCAAGGAAGACAAAAUGCAUUCAAUAUGCAUUUCAAGACCAUGUGUGUAUACUAAUAUAUUUAUCUAUGAAACUUUAUCAGUGCUGUCCUUUUUUCUAAAUACAGAAAUAAAAUAUGAAAUAAAUUCUGUCCAUAAAGCAAAAAUAAUGACUAAAGCUUGGAUGAAACGCCACUACCAAAGAAAUGUUAUUCAGUAUGACAUUCAGUUUGAAAAACACAACUGCUGAUAAAGGUGUUGACCCUUUCUCCUAUUUACGAAGUAACAGGUGUAAACAAAUAAAAGCAAUUGUGAUAACGAGUCCUAACUUUCACAUGAUCUUGCACAUGCUGUCAGUGUGUCUGAACAAUACCCGAGUAAACAGUGUUUUGCCUUUUUAAAAAUAAGGUUUCUUUUAUAUGGGCUACAGAAUUUUCUAGUAAGUCAAGCUAGACUAAAGACAUUUGGUUAUGUGAAUGGCAUUUUUACAUUUUUACUGGCAGAUCAACUUAUGCAAUGACUCCUUGCAAAAAAAGUUUUUAAAAAAAACAACAAAAUUUCUUAAAAAGGACAAAAAGUGUGUUCGGUAAACAGCAGCAUGCAAGCAGAGUUCAAAUAUGAACCCACAAAAGAAAAAAAAAAGAAGAAGAGAUAAAUGCUGGCUUAGAUAAAGAUUCAGUCUUUAUCCAAUGACACACACUCUGAACUUGAUUCUGACAGUUCAGCCUUAGAUAACAAUUUUAUGAUGGGUACUGGAUGCAAAGGGGAAAAAAAAAGCCAAAAUGGCUAUCACUUUUUAUAGAACCUGUCCAAAACUCAGCACAAACUGCUUAUUGUCUUACAUGGAUAUAACAAAGGGUGAUGUUGCAUUAUCAGUUAUUUUGUAUGUUUUACUUUGACAUUUAAGGUUAAGUGAACUGUACUUUACAUUUCCUAAACUUAGCAGCAACUGAAUAAAGAGUGGGUAAAGUCAGGCUAAUCAUAUUGGCUCCAGAAACUGUGCUGCCUUAUAAGCCUAUCUUAUCAAAAAUCACAGUAUUCUAAGUCAGCUUCCCACAAGAAGCGCUGUAGCUUUUCUUAUACUUUUAGAUAUUUUUGACAAAGUCAAACAACUGAUCUGUCACUGUUCCAAAAUGCUUUUAAUUAAACAGAAAUAACAACACUGACCAGCUACCAUCUGCUUUCUGUUACCUCAAAAUAGCCUGUGCAUGGGAAAUUUCCACCAUAGUUUUAAUGCUCCUUACAACUACAAGGUCAGAACCCAUAAAAGGCCUUAGGCCUACUUGAUUCAAAUUCCCGUGUGGCUUAAACUAGGGCAAUCUCAGAAGCGACUUGAAGAAAGGAACAGUGCAGUUUAAUCUGUCCAAAACACAUCUACUCACAUAAUUAAAUGUUGUGAUAUGGCAUGUUCUUUAUGGUUUAGUAUUAUUUAAAUUCAGCAAGAGGUCAGUAAUAUUGUAAAAGCACAUUAUAUAAAGGCCAUGUUCAACUAAGGUGAUUAAACGUUAAACUUCCUCUGAUCCUCAAAUUAAAGUUCAUAUAGAUUCUAGUGCAAAUUGUGAAUUCAGCAAAACAAAGGUCAAAACAUGAUGAAACCAAAUUUCAAACAUUUGCCUAAUCACAUAUUCCUAUAGAACAACAAAGUGGUUUGUAGUGGACUAUAGGAGCACUUUAGUUACAUUUACAUUCUCUUCAGGCUUUAUUUUCUUAACAAUGCUGAUAUUGUGAUAGUUUUUAAAAGUCAACAUGCUAUCAUUUUUUUGUUUAAAAAAAGCAACCCAAAAACAAUAAGUUAUUUAUCUGUGUGUAUUCUACGAAUGUAAAACAUUGCCAGAGUUCACUUACAUUUUUAUUACUAGCCCUUAAAUACCGAAAACAAUGUGAACAUGAUGGUUUUUAUUUCUAUUUAUGUCUUCUCAUGGGAGCAUUAAAUCAUUACACUUCAGUAAUUUAACUUGCAUUCUUAUCCAUCUGAGCAACCAGUUGUGCAUCUGGAACAAAGCUAAUACUAGAGGUGGGAAUCACUAUACAUCCCACAAUACGAUAUUAUCACAAUACUUCACGCACGAUACGAUAUUAUUGCAAUUUUUUAAAAAUAU